AUGGUCCUCAAACCUCUCGUAGCUGCUCUCACCGCGGCAACGUAUGUCUCUGCAACCAAACUCGCCAUUGGGGCAUCGGGGAAGACAACGAGCGCUGCAACUACCCUCGCCGGAAACCUCAUGACUUACUACAGUCCCACCAUGAACGGCCUGCUGCCUCAGCCAUACUGGUGGUGGGAAUCAGCGGGAAUGUGGGACACAGCAAUCCACUACUGGCACUACAGCGGCGAUGCCCAAUACAAUACCAACGCCGCCGCCGCCAUCCUCGCCCAGGCCGGCCUCAACCAGGACUUCAUGCAGGCCUCAGCGACCGGCAACGACGAUCAGCUCUGGUGGGGUCUCCUCUCUAUGAGCGCCGCCGAAUACGGUCUCCCACCACCUGCAGGCAGCACCAUCACCUACCUCCAACUCGCCACCAACGUCUUCAAUUCCGUCUCCGCCCGCUGGGACAAAUCCACCUGCAAUGGCGGUCUAGGCUGGCAGAUCGACCCCAACCGUGAUGGAUACCACUACAAGAAUAGCAUCUCCAACGGCCUGCUCUUCCAACUCGCCGCACGUCUAGGACGCUACACGAACGACCAAAAAUACCUCGCCUUCGCCGAGCAAGUCUUCGACUGGACGCUCUCCGUCGGGCUCAUCGACAAAUCCACCCACAGCGUCUACGACGGCACCGACGCUCUGAAAGGCUGCAUUGACGUCAACCACGACAAAUGGUCCUACAACGCUGGCGUGUUCCUCUAUGGUACAGCCGUCAUGCUCUCCACGACCACCGACACUGCCAAAUGGCAGCCGCACCUCGAAGGCUUCGUCUCCGCCGUCGAGGCGGACUUCACGAGCAACAAUGUCCUCGUCGAGACGAAGUGCGAAGCGUCGAAGACUUGCAAUACCGACCAGCUCUCCUUCAAAGCGUACCUCACGCGGUGGCUCGUUUCGACACAGAGUCUCGUUCCUGACUCUUCGGAUAAGAUCCAGCCGCUGCUGAAGGCGUCGGCCGAUGGGGCGCUGGCGAGCUGUAAUGGCAGUCCGGGGCAGAAUGUUUGUGGGAGUUCGUGGACGGCUGGCGGGUUCGAUGGGGUGGUGGGGGUGGGGCAGCAGAUGGCUGCGCUGGAGGUUACGCAGGGGUUUCUUGCGAAGGGGAGGCCUUUGCCGGGGAAGAUGAGGGUGGGGAGGAGGUUUGUUGCGUGA